AUGUCUUCGCCGUCGCUAAACAACAACAACAAGUGUCGGGUUUGUAUGAUAACUUCGGGUGAAUUGCUAACUGUCUGCAGGUGUCGGUCCUGGAGUUUAGCACACAAACAGUGUCUCAAACAUUAUGUAAAACUAACGCUAAAUCAUUGUUGCGAUGUUUGUGGCCAUCAGUACGCAAUCCGACGUCGGCCGAUGAAUAUGGUUGAUAUGUUUGCCAAUGAGCCGAUCCAAUUGGAAACACUGGUCGAAAUUGCCAGCAAACUGUUGAAUCUGAUACACUGUUGGCUAAUCGUACGGCUGGUCAUAGCCCUCGCCGACAAUACUGACCAAUGGCUACAAGAUUUUGUUGUAUUUAUUGUCUACAGUCGGCUCGCGUACAUUGUCUACAUAUUCUUCCGGUUUGUGGCCACCAUUGUCUGGCAGUACAGCCGCUACUGGCGGCCAAAUAACUUUGUUAUCGAUUUUGUACCGAUGAUGGCAACCACUGAUACUAUCGCCACUGAAUCGCCAACAACUCGUUGA